AUGCAGCAGAGUCUCUUCUUGGGCAUCACCGCCCUUCUCCUCGGAAAUGCGGCAGCAGCUCCGAAAAGUUCAGACGAACAGGUCGCCGCCCACAUCGUCCGAGGCCCAGACUCCCGACCGGACCUACAAUCGGGUGAAUGGGUCCGUCCAAUCGCCGCCCGGGGCCGCUCCGGAUUUCACUUCAACGGCACCUCCAACGGGACUUCGUCUGCCGUCGGCACGGGCACCGCCGUGGGGACUGCCAGCAGCACUCACUACACGCUAUCAUACAACUCCUCAUCCACCGCCUCCUCCUCUUCGUCGUUCCACGCUUCUGGAUGCCCGGAGAGCGUCACCACGUCCUUCACAACGGUUGACGUAACCUUUUACAUCACGGCGACUACUUCUUACGGCGGCAACUUGACAUCCUCGAGAGGUACCGGCACGGCCUACUUGCCUUCAUCUUCAUCCUCACUGCCUGCCAACUCUACCAGUUCGAGAGCUGCAUGGAAUAUCACAUCCUCGACUUCAAUGAUCAUCUCGACCGGCUACACUCUGCCCGUCAACUCAACAACCAUCUCUUCCGUGGCAUCGUCCGAGUCCCCCUGCCCUGACGACACUGCCAGCACUCACCAGCCGUACCCCAACAUCACGUCAACAUACUCUAGCUCGUCCUUGACGACAGGAGGUUCAGAUGGAACCGUCACCUCCGUACCCGCCUGGCACAACACCACAUCUGCGGUCCCCUCUCAGAUAACCGAGCCUUGCGACGGCGAUAUGAGCUCCACCUCCUCCUACAUCAACUCGACUUCGAUGGCGUUCAGCAGCCAGCUCAACUCCACGGCGCCGUGGUCCACAAAGACAUCGACCAGCGCGGCCGUAGAGACGCCAUGCGACGACGAGACCAGCACCGGAAGCGCUGUUCCCCCCUUCACCUCUAGCAUGACCCUCAUCAACUCAACCAUGACAUACACGCUCUCCACAAAGACUCAGAACGGAACGUACAGCCAGUCCGCCUCCACCACCUCGGCCAUCGCCACAACCGAGCCAUGCGACGACGAAACCACCGCCAGCGCCUCGACCUAUAGCUCAACAUCAUCCAGCUGGACAACGCAGACGCCCGACGUGACGCCCUUCCUCCCCAAUACCACCAGCAGCAUCGCCGUCACGUCGUCCACCGCUCGGGCAACAACGGCGUUCUCCUCCGUCAUCCCGACGGAAAGCUGCGUCAUCGACACCUCCAUGGCACCCAUCACCACCGCCUCGCUGACCACGGUCCCGACCUCGACCACAAUCCCGACAAAGACGGUCUGCCAAAACGACGCGCCGACAGGCAAGCCCAUGCCGGGGAACAACCACUGCGGCGUUCACGGUCUGCCGGUAGGCAACUACUUCUUAGCUCGCUUCGUCAACAACGCGCCCAACGUGCCCGUGACCCUUGAGGGCUGCUACCAAUUCUGCGCUAGCGUCAUGAACACCACGGACGGCUGUAAGUCGUACCGCUUCUACCCCGAAAAGGGCCUCAAUGUCCCGCGGUGCGACCUGUACGGCAGCACCGUCGCGUACGCGCUGGACUCCAUCGACAACGACCACCCUGACCUGUGGUUCGAUCUCACUUGCGGCUCGCCCUCCAGCGAGCAGUGGGCGCACCUUCCGGGUAUUGGGCGUCUUCACGAGCUCGGCCUGGUAAGGUAG